CCCAGCAGAGCCAGGAUCCCCCCAACACAGACGAAAAUAGUCCCCCCGCAUCCGGACAUGCUCUUUUAAUAUUUUCAUCUCGCUUUUGUUUCUGUUUUGGAUGCAGCUCUCUCCUCCUCGUGCUCACUUUACAGCCCUCUGUUUCCAGCGGUUUUGAAAGGUUAUAAUAUUUCUCGGGAAAGGAUCCGGAGCAGCAGCUGGGGAAUUAACACACUUUCCGCUAUAUGGAUAAGGAAUAAAGCUGCACUCAGAGUUUGAUCUCAGGCUUUUCACCGUGCUGAAAGGAGAAGAUGAAGUCCGCUGAGGAGGAUGCAUAUGGCUACACGCCAAAUGUCAGCCUCUCCCUGCCGCUGGCCAACCCCUGCCUCCCCUCGCAGUACCACAGCCUCCAGUCCAGCCCCACCAUCUCCGUCUCCGUCACCGAGCCCCACAGUUACGACUCUCAGGAUGACCUGCGGCCGCCCGGCUACUAUUCAUCUCCCGGCGUGCGACCGAACGGGGCCCCGACCCUGGAGAGCCCUCGCAUCGAGAUCACAGCCUACGGCCAGUUUCCUGAGGAUGAGGUGGAGGAGAGCAGCCUUCCUGUUGCCAAGCGAGUCAACUCCAUCGUGACGCUGACCCUGCCCAGCGCGGACGGAUACCGCGACCCCAGCUGCCUGAGUCCCGCCAGCAGCGUCUCGUCUCGCAGCGGCCUCUCCGACGCCUCCUCCUACGAGUCCAGCUUCUCCUACAACUACAGCUCUCCGCAGAACUCCCCCUGGCAGUCUCCCUCCGUGUCCCCCAAGGGCUCCACCCUGGCCCUGCCCGGGGACGGCUACGCCUCCGGCGGCUCCCCCCGCCACUCCCCCUCCACCUCUCCCCGGACCAGCGUGACCGACGACACCUGGAUGGGCCAGCGAGGCUCCCGGCCCAAUUCCCCGGCCGGCGCCAAGAGGAAGUACAGCCUCAACGGCGGCGGCGCGCCGCACAAACACUUCCCGUAUUCGCCCAACCAUUCGCCGGGGCCGUCCCCGCAGACCUCCCCCCGCCUCAGCGUCACCGACGAGACCUGGCUGCCCAACACCAACCAGUACACCAACUCAGCCAUCCUGGCGGCCAUCAACGCCCUGACCACCGACGGCGUGACCGACCUGGGAGAAGGGAUCCCCAUGAAGGCCCGAAAAACCAGCCUGGAGCACAGCGCCACCGUCAGCCUGAAGGUGGAGCCCGGAGGGGAGGAGCUGGGCCCCGGGGAGCUCUGCCAGGACGAGCACCCCGCAAACCGCCUGCCCCUGAAGAAGGAGGCGUACUGCGGAGGCUUCCUGGACGUGCCGCAGCACCCGUACUCCUGGACCAAGCCCAAGCAAUACGUCAGUCCGUCUCUACCGGCCCUGGACUGGCAGCUGCCGUCCAGCUCGGGACCGUACAGCCUGCAGAUCGAGGUGCAGCCCAAAUCGCACCACCGGGCCCAUUACGAGACGGAGGGCAGCAGGGGGGCAGUGAAGGCUCUGGCCGGAGGACACCCCGUCGUCCAGCUCCACGGCUACAUGGAGAGCGAGCCUCUGACCCUCCAGCUCUUCAUUGGCACCGCCGACGACCGCCUGCUCAGGCCCCACGCCUUCUACCAGGUCCACCGCAUCACAGGCAAGACCGUGUCCACCCCGAGCCACGAGGCCCUGCACAACAACACCAAGGUGCUGGAGAUCCCGCUGCUCCCAGAAAACAACAUGAGAGCCAUAAUCGACUGCGCCGGAAUUCUGAAGCUGCGCAACUCAGACAUCGAGCUGAGGAAGGGCGAGACGGACAUCGGACGCAAGAACACGCGGGUGCGGAUGGUGUUCAGGGUUCACAUCAACCAGGCCACGGGGAGAACGGUGUCUCUGCAGGUGGCAUCGAACCCCAUCGAGUGCUCCCAGCGAUCGGCCCAGGAGCUGCCGCUGGUGGACAAGCAGAGCCUGGAGACGUGUCCCGCCCCCGGGGGGGAGAGGAUGCUCCUCGACGGACACAACUUCCAGCACGACUCCAAGGUGGUGUUCGUGGAAAAGGCUCAAGACGGUCACCACCUCUGGGAGACUGAGGCCAAAGUGGACAGAGACGUCUCAAAGCCUAAUUCGCUCCUCGUUGAAAUCCCCCCCUACCGAAACCAAAGACUCUCCACUCCGGUCCACGUAAACUUCUACGUCUGCAACGGCAAGAGGAAAAGAAGCCAGUACCAGCGCUUCACCUACGUCCCUGCCAGUGUUCCGACAAUAAAGACCGAGCCGCACGAUGACUUUGACGGCCCUCUGGUGUGCGGCCAGCAGGCCCCGGGUCUGUCCCUGCUCCCCAAGCCGUACUACCCGUCGCAGGUCAUGACCCCGAUGAUGGCGUCGGACCUCCGGCCCUGCGUGGUCGGCGGCGGUUACUCCGUCGGCCAGCAGAGGCUGGUCGCCAAGCCCUCCUCGCUGCCCUCCUCCUCACCGAGCUCCAGCCCCAAAAUGCACGACCUGUCGCCGCCGCCUUUCUCCAAGUGCCUCCCGGUCGGCGCGGCGGUGCCGCAGUCCCCGAUCCCGCACGUCUCCAUCAUCCAAGAGACCCCGGGGCGCUACCAGUCCCCCGGCCUCUACCCCCCCAGCAGCUCCGCCUCCUCCUCCCCGACCUCACAGCCCUCCACCCCGACCGACGCCCCCUUCUCUCCGAGCCCCCACUGCAUGACGCCGGCGCCGCCGGGCGGCGGCAGCACCAGCCCCGGGGCCCAGCAGCACCCCAAGGCGCCGGAGAGGGGCCGCCCCUCCCUGCAGGAGGACGGCAGCCCCCCGACGCUGGCCGUCAGCAUCAAACAAGAACCACAGGAGCUGGACCAGAUGUAUCUGGAUGAUGUCAAUGAAAUCAUCAGGAACGACCUGUCGAGCAUCUCCGUGCACAGCCACGCGUAGUCUCCUCCCAAACUGACACAGGACAUGAAAAAAGAAGAAAAAAAAAAAAGGGAAGCACAAAACAAAGCUGACUCCCCGCUUCACGUGCUCGGACUACAGCAUACAGGAAGCAGCAGGAAAUCAAGAAGAGAGCGAGAUUCAAGGAGAAGAACUGUAAAUGUCCACAUGACCAGGGUCCAACGUGUGCCUUGUUUUUCAUAUACGAAUGCCUUUAUAUAGAAAAGACGUGAGGAAUCGAUCACAUAUGUAGCAACCAGACCUGCCGUUUCCAGCCCCGACUACAAAGCGUGCUUUUAGAGGACCAAGUUUUGUGUUUUUUGUAUGUCUCCUUCCUGGUUUUCAGCAGUUUGUAAAUGAGUCAGUGCCUCUGAAUGACGUGAUUUGUAUAUAGCGUAUGAGUAGUGCUUCAGUCAGCAUAUCUGCCUUCGCAGGGAGAAAGUUUGAAAGAGAAGUGCCUUUUUGACUGGAAACAAACAACCGGAGCUCGAGUCCGACUUUAUGUUUUCAACCUCCAAUUAUAAGACUCUGUUUUUUUUUUGUUUUUUUUUUGUUUUUUUUUAUAUGACCUGAUUUACCUUUUCCUUCACGGCAGCCACAGCGAGCAAAGAGUGGCAGUUACAGGAUCGUCAUCAUAUGAAAUCGUCAGCCUUUAUUAAAGUUUAACUUUACCUAUUAAAUCACCAAAUGUUAAACCAAUCUGAUCGGUCCAGCAGGGGAAAACACAAUCUAUGUGUGUUCAACCUUUAAUCUCUUUUUUUGCUCCGUAUGGUUCAUUAUUGUAAAAAAAUGUUCAAAAGAUUAAGGAAAUUAAACACUUUUUUUUUUAGGUUAUUUAUCACCACCAACAAAAAGCACUUGACCACUAAACUUGUAAAAUGUUCCAUUAAGGCAACAACAGAUUUAUUUAGCAGUAUAAAGUGCACAGAUGAAAUUUCAGGGCGUUGGUGCAUUUGGGUGUAUCCAAACACGGUCGUGCUAUUUUAACAGCAGUGAGUAAGUGUGUGUCCAAAGUGCAGCGUAGCGUCCAAAAAUGUUGCACUGAUUCUCCUAAUUAUUGGUGGGCAGGAUUUUCUUCUCAACCACAGAUAAACCAAGCGGCGAUCACAUGCCGGGGACUGGUUACCACGUGAAUCCACGAUCCACAGCGGAGAGAAACGCUCAGGUCCUCCCGCUGGAAAGCAAACAAAAGAGAGAGAUAACGGCAAUAUAAAGUCAGUGGUAAUGAUUUGGUGAAACUUUUGUAGAAUUAAAAAAAUGCAUUGCUUAGAGUUUUUAACCAAAGAUCUCAAGUUAAAAAAAAAAAAGCCAGGGCAGAGUUCACUUAUCCACACAGUCAGACUGCUGCGGUUCAGCAGUGUUUUGCUGGUAUUUCAUGGUCGUCUUUCCCUAUGCAGGUAUUGCCACAUAUGCCCAAAAUUGAAAAUCACAGAGAUACACUGCCGCUGUCAGCAUUACGACGCCCGCUGGAGGUCGCCGUGAUCGCACACUUGCGUGCAGCUCAUUGCCGUUGGGGAAGACUCUAAACCCCCGCGUUUCCCACAAUGGAGGGUUAGUAACGCCAAUCGCAGCGCAGGCGACUGCUUUGUUAUGUUCAGUCGGGAUUCAAACUCACAGACUUUACCCAAAGUUCAGGGGUUUUGCAUCUUGAGGUAUUUUCCAUUUUAAAAAAAGAAGAAAAAAUUCUGCUGACUUGAAUGCAACAAGGUUCCUGGAGUAAACAGUUGGCUGCAGAAAAAAAAACCCGUUUGACUUUUAUCAAAGUAGGAAUCAUCUCAGUUUUGACAAAGCUUGACUUUUAUUCCUCCCUGGAAGCUAUGCAACACACACACACACACACACACGUACAGUUAUUUAGUCUGUGGAAGAAUGUAAACACUCGCCGUCGUACCAGAGAAGCUUUCUGACCCAAAGCAUUAACAGCAAUACAAAUAUAUAAUUCUUUUGUUUUGUUUUUGUUUGUUUUUUUAACAGUUUUUGUAUUUUCAUAUUUAUUCUCUUAGCAUGUGCUCUGUUUAUUCAUGUUUAUCAUUCAGCUUCUUUUACAUGGUUACCUGCAUACUGUGGUUUAUGUACUAACUUGUUCCGUGCUCUCGAGGAAACUGAACGGGCUCAUGCACUUGUUCUGAACUUUAUAUGUAUUUAUGAGUCUUAAUCCAUGUAAUUUAAGAGCACGGGAGAAGCCAUGUUUACUGAGGAGGUCAUUUUCAGUCAGCGACUCAUAACUCUGCUUUGUGAUAUUUUGUGUAUUUUGU